GAAUUCUAAGACAAAUGAGAAUGCUGAUAAUAAACAUAACAAUGCUUUGAUCAAGAGAAAAUGUCAAUCAGAUGUGAUUAAGAGAGAGUAGUACUUUGGGAAUGCAUUGUAUCGAACAUUUUGAUGAUUACAGAAAAUUUGACUUAAAGACUCGAUCUUAUAAAGCCUCUUUGGGAUCAUGUUUCUCGUUCAGCCAAGAGAAUCAGCUUUAAAUAUGAUAUUCAGAUAGUUUUACGACAAAUAUAAUCGUUUUAGGUGAAUCCUAUGUCACUUUUUAGUAUUACAUUUUCUCAAGCUGAUAUCUCUAUGGGAUAUCAUAGUUGACAAGCAAGAUUCAUGGCCAAAUUCGCAGAAUAACUAUGUAUAAAAAUAUUGGAAAAUUACCGUAAUUUUUCUGCGUCGGCUGAUUAAAAAGUUGGAGAGAAUUAUCUGAUCUGUUCUGAUGAGUACUAUUUUCAUUCAAAAUAUGAGAUAUCAAAUAUAAUAAAUGGCAAAUUGGCAACUAGUUAUAUAAGAAGGUCAUUAGAUCCAUCUUUGGAUUGAAAUAGAAGACCACUAACUGUUUAAAUUACUUAUUGGAACCCUACUUGAUUAUCCAUUUUGAUUGAAAUUUCA